CGCGCGCAUCGUUACUCUCGCGCAGGGUCGACUACACAACCCUCUAGUCGUUCGAACCCGUUCGUCGACGUUGAUAAACAAAUCUCUAUCGCAGAUUUACAGCCAUGCUUAUUCCGAAGGUGAACCGCAACGAGGUCUACAAGGCGCUCUUCUCCGAGGGUGUCAUUUGGGCCAAGAAGGAUUACAACUUGCCGAAGCACCCGGAGGUGGGGCAGUCGGGUGAGAACCCGAUCGAUGUGCCGAACUUGCAAGUGAUCAAGCUCAUGCAAUCGUUCAAGUCUAAGGGUUUCGUCAAUGAGAUCUUCUCCUGGAGACAUUACUACUGGUACUUGACGGAUGAGGGCAUCGAAUACCUUCGCGAAUACUUGAACUUGUCGGCGGACGUCGUGCCGAACACGUUGAAGAAGGCCGCGCGCGCGCCGACUCGCGAAGCCGAGGCCCCGCGCGGUGGUCGCGGUGGCCGCGGUGGCUUCGGCGGCGAUCGCGGUGGCCGCGGUGGCUUCGGCGGCGACCGUCAAGGCUACCGCCAGUAA